AUGCCAGAUCCUUUCAACCUCGAUAUCAGGAAGAGGCUCACCGCUGAACGCAUUUAUCGCAGAAACUAUUGUUUUGGCGCCAAUUCAUUUUCACGCACGAUUCACGCGAUUUAUUAUUCUACUUUCCAAAAAAUAUUUUUAACAACAUCGAGGAGAACGAACUAUUUUUACUUGAUAUUUUCUUCCUCAAGCGUGUCUUAUCCUGGCAUGUCUCUUGGGAGACGAUCUGACAGGUACUAGUUCUCAAAAUUAUUUGAUUUUUUUGUUUGCACAUGAGUAAUCGAUGCUGUUGUUGUUAAUAUGAACGAGCUUUGUUGUUUCGUUGAAUAUUUCGUCAAAAACUAUCGUGUUGAAGAAUAAUCAUUUACAAUACAAUUAUUUUAUCAUGUAAGCACUUUCACUUGUUUAGCUUCCAUGGCAUGUGGGACAGACUGAAUUAAUAUUUCUGACAAAUUUAUGCGUAAAAAUGAUCUUAAAAUUGCAUGCAUGUUUACCUCCACGAUCUGUUGCCUGUGUUUCGAUCAUUAAACAGACUUAAUGGUAAUUUAGUUUAGUUUUAUGGUGGGUAAUGUCGUUGUAAUGUCUCUUCGCCGUAGAGUACGCAAAAAAGUUGAUUAUUCCAAGUUUUGUGAAGAAGAAGGUGAAAGCACAAAUAAUAGCGACGGUGAGUCUUACAUUUUUUUGUAAAAAUUGUUCCUAAUCAAACUUCAUUUUAUGAACAAAGUGAAGCCCCAUGCUAAAUUAUCUACUAUUCUCAAUUUCCGUUAGUAAUAUAAUACCCAUUAGUAGGAUUUGCUGUAGAAAUUAAGCUUAAUAGUAAUGAAACAUUAAUUAUUUAGUAAGUGAAAGUAUCAUUGGACUAAUAGCACAUAAGUGUGUUGACAUCAGUCCUAUAAAUCUCAACACUGAGCCUGGUUGUUGAAAAUAAGUCUUUGCAUUUUACAUUGUUUAUGUGUGAGUAUUUUUUCCCCCUUUACUGCUCUUGGGAGUCGAUAUUUAUUAUUGUGACACAGUUUCACAGAUAUUUUAUUACAUUUCCAAAAGUGGGGUUGAUUUACUAAAACUUUUACAAGUGUAAUUUACAAGUGAAGCUAUUGUUUCUGAGUCCGAACACAAUAUAGCCACUUGUACACUUGAAAAUUACGCUUGUCAAAGUUCUAUUAAAUUGACCCCGGGACUAACUUGGGAAAUUUGUUCAUCUGAUGUAAACUUACAUAAUGGCUAAUUUGGAUUAUAAUAAUAAGUCAAUAUUCAGUGUAUCAAAAACAAAAGUGAAUUUAACAACGAUAAUUAAAGGCCACAGAGCAAGUAAACAAACACAGAUCAUGAGAUAAGCAGUGGUAUCUUCUGCUUGUCUCAUGACUGGGCACAUGAAGGGUAACUGGACCCAGCACUUAUAACUGCUCCCCAUCCCUAAAAACAGUUUUUUGCUAUUAUAACAGGGCUGGCUAUGUUCAUUUUUGACAAAAAGGUUUCCAGUCUACAGUCAACUCUCAUCUUGUAGACACCUCACUAUCAUGGACAUCCCGCUAAUACAGACAGCUGCUAAAUCCUCGGCAAAAAAUUACAGACAUUUGACUGAAACAAACUCCCACUAUUAAGGACUCUUGCUGUUACAGACUUACGGACACCUCUCUCGGGCCCGACAGCUCAAUUAUAUUGUUCUAACUCUUGUUAUAAUUGACAGCAAUCAGCAUCUUUUGACAUUUAGGCAUAAUUAUCUCAAAUUAUAAUUUAUUUCUUCCCCUUUUUCACUUCAUCUCUGUCCUUUUGCUUGAAAAGUGAACACUCCAAUUCCCAUUUCACAUGAUCCUUCUAAAAAACUACUGUACUUACUUGCAAAAAGCAAGCAUGGUCUACUUAAUGUACAUAAAGUGGAUUUUCUAGUACUGUACUUUCUGGUUUUUGUGUUACUAGAAUUUUUUUAUAUUGUACAUUUUUUAAUGAACAAAAUUUAAAAAUGUAAGUCCUCUAAUAUCAAGAAUUUUUUUCGCACCACAUUAUUACAGACUUUUGCUAUUAGGGACACUCAACUGCAGUCCCAAGGGUGUCCACAAUAAUGGAAGUUGAUUGUAUAAGGCUUUGCACCGGCAGAUUUCCACUCAGACAGAUAAGCCCCUUGAAAUACUCAUUGUUCCCUCAAACAUGAAAAACACGCCAAUUACAUGGAGGCUACUGUAAAAAGCUGUCUUAACAAAAAUGCCUCUAUGACCUCACAGCGUGUGUUGGUAUUCAGGGAUUCUCUUCAAUUGCAAAUAAAACGAGUCACCGUGUUUUUUCUCUAUAUAAACACUUGGUCAUAGCAAGAGAAUCAGAGCAUGGACAGGCACUGUCAUCAGCUCUUGGUUCAUCUAAAGGGGUCGACUUUUUUCUCCUACUAAUGCUCACGAAAGUUGGCUUGGCCGGGAUGGUGACCCUCUUUCCCGGGGCAGCUUUCUGAAUUUUCCAAAUAAAUGAGGACUAAUUUACAUGCAUCAGAACUAAUUUUAUUGUCGUAAUUGCUAUAGAUGAUUUCCAGAAUGACACUGGACCAGCUCCUGUAAAGAAGGCUAAGACCGCAACAAAGACAAAAGCAAAAACAAAACAAGAAGUCACUAAAAGUAAAACUAAAGAUUCAGGGAAUUUAAAAAGAAAAGAAAGGUACAGUUUAAUUUCUGAGUUGAAUUUUAUGUUUCAAGGGAUCAGGGUGUCUUUGUCUGGGAGAAGAUAAGAUUGUAAAUCUUACAUUCCUUAGAUUUGUUGUGACAAAAAAGCCUGAAAAUAAAUUUUUAGUGUGUUAAGGUGAACCUGCAAGAACAUGGUGGGCCUUGUAUGUUUACAGGAAAACCACUUGCUAGGUACCCUGUGAGCAGAAGCCCAGGACUGCAAAUUACAGGCCGUCAUCAGACAUUGGCCGACUAAAAUUUGCUAGUGUCUGACGAAUUCAGAGCAGGGUUAUUUAAAGUGCAGUAACCCGCUUUUAACCUACAAUUAGGGUCAACUUAUCUUAAGUCAAGUUUUUUUAGAGGCAAUAAAUAACAUUAACAAGGUCUUUUCCUUACCCAUCCCUUGGUUAACAAUGAGCUUCUGGAAUUGUUUAUGAAUCAUAAGUUUUGAUCUGAGUAAGCACUGGGCCACUAUUUUUUUUUCAAUGUGACCAGGGAAAACAAAACAGUGGAAUCCCCAAUUUUUUGAACCCCCAAGGAAAAGCAGAGUGGUUUGAAUUAUCAGAAGCUUUGAAAAGUCAAGGGGGAAAUAUAGUGUGUGUCCUGUGACUGGUCAAAAGGGAAAUCAGGUUUUAAGUGGACCCGGUUCAAAUGGUCGGGAAUUUAGAGUCACCAAGGGUUAAAAAAAAACUCAGGAUUCGUAGGCAUACUAAUAGGGCUACACUUAUUGGCACCUGGCAAAUUUCUUUUACUUUUGGAUUACUCCUACAAAAUCUCUGCCUUUGCACAAAACCUAUAUGCUGGGCAAUAAAGCUUUUGGACGCCCUAAGAACUCUUUAUACACCAAACUUCUGUACUAGUAUUGUACAAAACUUGCAUUGUACAGUGUACAAAAUGACUGUACGAGCUAAACUCAAACAUCUUUUCACUGCAGAUUAUCUCGAGAUGAAAAGCUUUAUCAAAAAGAUUUAGAGGCAGCACUGCAGGCUUCAAUAAGAGAGUCACAGAUGUCAUCUGCUGGAAAUGACAGUAGUAGCAAUGCAAAUGAUGAAGGGGAAGGUGACAUUUCAGAUGAGGAGGAUUUGCGGCCAUCCAAACCAAAGAAAGCUCGAUUACUCCCUUCUUCUGAUACAGAAGAUGACGACAAAGAAAAUACUGGGUACGAUAAAUAUUGUACCAUAAUCAUUCUCUCUAACAAUUUUUUACCACCUCCCUCUCUCAAGGCCCCACUUUUUCCUUGCCCCUGUUUCAACAGUCAAAUAUAAUUUUAGUAGCCCACCCCUUUUGAAUAACCCCCCCCCCCCCUCUUAUAGCGCACAGUUGAUUUGUUUCACUAAACAGUCACUUAAUUAUUUGAAAAGGCUGUAAGGCUACAAUACAGGGGCACCCAACAAGAACAUAGUUCAAAACCUUUUAAACAUAGCAUUGUUGAACGUAUUUUAGUAUUUAAACGGUAGAUAUGGGCAUAUUUUUAUCCCCUAAAAAUUUUUCAUCUGUUCAGAUUUCCUUGCUGAGAGUCUAGUGAUCCGAAAAUUGUAGGGAUCAAAAGUUACCUUUUCGAAAAUUUUAGCCAAAAAAAAAAAAAGGUUCGAAAAAAUUCUCGCGACUUUUUAGGGUAAAACCCCUUAAAAAUGGGCAAUUAUACCAUUUUUUAGAUGUUCGACAAUCCUAGGAGAGACAAGCAAGCAAGAAAUUUUACAACAAAUGUUCCGAAAACUCUAGACCUCAAAUCGUCUUCCGAACAGAUAUUUUCCAAAAAUUGUCGUUGGGUGCCCCUGACAAUAUUCCUGUAGAGUUAUGAAGAUGAUAUCAGACAAGCAACAGAGGACAAGAAACAGUUUCAAUGCCUUAGUGUAGUCGUGAAUAACAAAACUGGGCCAUUAGCUGUGGUCACACUACAGCUUUUUACCUAGGUAAACUCACCUUGUUGACAGUUAACCAAGGGAAACUUAAUUUUUCAAGUGUGACCCAUUUUUCCCUAGGUAACUUACCUUAGGGAAAUUUUAUCGUCUGGUGCUUGGAUGUGUCUCUAGAACAAUAGAGUUUCCCUUGACAGCUACCCCUAAGGGAUAGCUAGGGAAAAAUAAAGUACUGAGGUUGCUAACCAAUAGACACUCGGCGGCGAAGGUCUUGACGACAGAACUAAACAUACCUCACAUUGUGAAAGAAUUUAGGGGGGGCAUGUGUCGUCUGCAUCUUCCCCUUGAUCAUUGAAUUAGCAUAAGAAAUGACAGUGAGAUAAAAAGACAAAUGCAUCUUUGAUCGGCUAGAUCCGGAAGAAUCUUGCCUUCUUGAAUUUACGCACCAAAAAUUCAGAUGUGGUGAAAACCUUGGGAGUCGAUUUCAGUAGUGCGACCUUCCCCAAAUUUUUUUACACCUAGGUAAAAUGAAACCCAAGACGAAUUUACCUCAGGAAAUUUUUGACGAAUUUGCCCCAGGUAAAUUUGUUUUACCUUGUUAAAAGUCUGUAGUGUGACCACCAUUAUUAUUUUUUUUUUUAGAAUUAUACAUUGUAUAUUGACACAAAGACACCUCCUCCCAUCAUUGACACCAUAAUGGGGUUAGGGUUGGUUGUUGAUUCUCCCCUUUGAUCCAAAAGGUUUUUCUCCAGGGAAUGCGGUUUUCCCUUCUCCUCAAGAACCAACACUUCCAAAUUCCAGGUCGACCAGAAAUCAGGUAUAAUUAUUAUGAAGAACCACUAUGUGGAUGUGCUACCUCUAAAUCAUUAUUAUAUAUUUAAAUAGCGUGACAGCCCUUUGAGUGGAGUGCCUUUGGGCUUGCCGCAGUCCGUGAGUGCACUUUACUCAAAAUAAACUAGCUCCAUUAAUUAUUUCACAGUGAUGGUUCUGGAACAAACUUUGAAAGGAAGAGUCCAAGUGAAGAAGAUGAUAGUAGCAAUGAUGAGGUGAAACCAAAACAGAGAUCAACCAUAAACAAAACGGAUGCCAUGAAGGAAGACCUUGACGAAGAAGUUCAAGGAGAGGAAGUUGAACCCAAUCAAGGUUGGUCUCUUGUUUUUGAGACCCACCUGUUUUUUUUGUAUUGUAGUAAAAGACCUUUUAAGCUUGUAUGUUUUGUUUUCCCAUUUCAUGUACGUGUUGGUACCCCAGAGAACUGUUUCUUUCAAAUGUCAUCUUAUGCAUGUGCAUCCACGUGCAUAUGUAUGCAUAAUUAAUAAAAAUGCAAAUUUCCUAGGCGAACAUCAUGUGGUCUGAAUUGUGAAAACAAAACCUACAAGCUUAUUAAAAAGGUUUAUUAAAAAUUUUUUUCUUUUCUUGUUUAAAUCAUUGAAUAACAAAGACGGUGACUUUGAACUAAGUGAAGAGUUAAGUGAUGCAGACAAUGAAAGUGAUGACCAAGAUGACAGCGACUUUAAUGAGACAGAGGUAAAGAAGAAAUCCAAAGGACGAGGGCGUGGCAAAUCAACAAGCUCUCCAGCAAGAGCUGGCGUCAAGCCAAGGACAAGUGUUACAGGUUUGUAGAGGUUAUAGGUAAUGCAUAUGAGACAAGGAGGCAAGCUAGUCUGCGAAUAUAUAUAGCCAUUUCACCUUUCUCCUCGCUGCUUGGAACAUUUCGCCAGGAGGAACGUCUGCACCUCAAUGACAGAAAUUCCAUACUGAUCUGUCCAGAAUCUGGUCAGGAGCCCUGAUUGGUCAACGUAGUUGUUACAUUGUUUUACCUAUUCUUUACCAAUAACAGACAAAAGACCACAAGAGUCAAAUGUAAAUGGGGUCUUAAACAUGACGAAUCUACUACAAAUCAGUCAAUAUUCCUGGAAUAUGUUAUUCUUUAGAAAAAGCAUCUGUGUUUUGCUGGAGCUCGUUUGCAGUAGAACACAAAACUUUACCAUAAUCAACCAGGAGAAACACAAAAUCAAACAAAUUUACAUCCAGAACCCUGUGACUACCGGAUUUAUUUUGUAAACAUUGAUUUACAUCAUCAGUGUGUGGAAUGUCUGUCACUGAGGCGCAGACGUUCCUCCUGGUGAAACGUCCCUAACGCUGAGGAGCAAGGAAAAAGGGCUGUAUCCGCAGGCUAGAGGCAGGCAUGGUCAGAGCUUAACAUGGCUUUUGAAGCAUGUGGCACUUAAGAGUAUUACCCAUCCCAGUCCCUGCACACACACACAACACACAUACACUGCACCACCCCCUUUGCCUCCCUCACCCUCCCUCCGGAUGAGUGAGGUGCUGGUCAAGCAGAGGAUUCUCCAUUUAUUUAUACACCUGUGUGAUAAGACAAGUGGAGCAAAACUUUUUUGUCUGCAUUCCUAAACCUGAUGGUCAGAAUUCAACCAGGACUUACUGAUACAAAGUUAGAGGUGUUAACCCUUUGUCGGCCAUUCCUCCAAGAAGUUCUGAUUUCCCUAAAUUCCAAAGAAUACUGUUAAGACGAAUCAAAUGGAUUGUACUGCUUACAGACAAAAUCUGUAGCACAGUGCCGAUUCAAAAAAUAAUAAGAUUAUUAUAGAACAUUUGAAACUUUGGGGGAUAUUAAUAUUGGUUACUUGUGCCCCUAUUGCAACAAGCCUUUUAUUUCUCAUUUUAAAAACACUGGGUAAAAUGUUGCAAUAAAAAAAUAUUAAUAAAUUUUAAUAGUGACUAAUUAUAAUAUCAAAAUAAAUGAUGUAUUCUGUGGAGAAAUUGAAGAGAUUUUUGAAACAAUGCACAGUUUUUCAUUUUUCAAAGUCUUGUCUGAGGCCUUGAUUUCCGUUUUUUUUUUUUAUUUCAGUAACACCACUCAAGAUGCUAAAAGGCAGAGGAAAAAGUAAAGGGCGAGGGUCAUCAGCUAACAGCAGCCACUCUGUGUCAAGUUCUGCAUCCAAUUCACCUUCAAGUAUGUCAGUUGAAAAUCAGCUUAAAUGCCAAACAAUGUUAUGCUCUCUAAGGGUACAAGCCAAUGAUAAAUACUGUGCUACUAAAUUGAACAAGCUGAUUUACUCAAGGCGUCAUGCUGCAUUUAACAAUUGAGUUGUAAAACUUUGUUUUGUUGUUAUAAUUCAAAAAAAUUAUUAUCAGAAAACAUCUUCCCCCAGUUUAAAUUUAGUAAGGAGAAGCUCAACAUACCAUUAGGGAUGGCCUUAAAUUACAGUGGCCUAGGAAAAGUGAUAAGAAAUCACUUGGUUCAUUCUUUCAAGUUGUUUAAGAUUAAUAGAGAGGAGUGCUGAAAAGUAAUUUCAUAACAAUGAUAUACUUUAAUAAUGAUCUCAUGUGUAAAAUUAAUGAUAGAUGCUUAAUACUUUUUCUGUUUAAAUGCUAACCUUUUCAAUUUAACUGCCUUAAAUUUAUUUUCAGUGUCAUAAAUAAAUUAUUAUGUGUAACAAAAAAGUCUAAGAAUUAGAGCCGGAUACAUUUGAGACUGAAUUAGGUAAUUAAAACUUUUGCUCUUAUCUCCUGUGUUGACUUCACAGGUUUCUUUUGAAGACAUAAGGAUAACUGAAAAUACCCUUCAAAGAGGUGCGUGAUAACUUGUUUUCUUAACACUGAAUGAAAUAAAAUAAAGCAUGCCUGCUCUUACCUCAAAAAAUAGAUGAAUAAAAAACGCAAGUGCAAAUUUAAUUAUUUGUAUGAUUAUGCUGUCUCUUAAUAUUAAGAUAAUUAUAUUGGUAAUAAAAAUAAAUGAAAACUAAUAACAAUAUUGAUUUGAUUGUAAAUAGCCUUAUAGACUUGAUAAAAAAAAGUCUUUUACUUAAUAUUAUAACUCGUACAGAUUUUCCAUAAAAAAAUAUUUUGUCAAGAAAAGAAAUACCUUGGCCUGCAUUGUAGAUGUAAUUUCACCCCCAGUUGUUAUCCUUGCUCUGAGCCCCCAACGGACUCAACAAAUUACCAGAAGCACAUUUAGAAUUUCCCCUUGUCUUGAUUGGCAAAUUGAUGGUAUUUUCAACAGGGCAAUCAUGGCACGUACUCAAAUCUUGGCACACAGGUGGGGGCCCAGAACGAGGAUUUCUGCAUUGUUUUGCAGACAGACUUAACCAGAGUUUAGUGAUGAGUAGAGUACUUAAGAGUAAUGAAUAGAGUACUUAUUGCAGUGUACCUCUGCAAAACGACAUGCAAUGCCUUUUUGAGGAACAAGAUUCAGUGCUUUUAUUUUGUCCUAUUUCUUUUCAUCCCUCUUCAUCUCCUUCAUUCAAUGUCUUGCAGUUUCAUCAACAAGUAAUCAACCUCAACAACACCAACUGAAGACAACAUCUACAUCACUCCUAAGAAGCAGUCCAGGAAUGGGUCUUGGCGGCAUUAACAUCAAGACUUCUGGCCCCCCAAUUCGUAUUGGACUUUCACGAAAUGUCAGAGUCAAACCACUACAUGCUCAUGUGUCUGUUCAGCACUGA